AUGGCUUCGCGCGCCCUUGUGUCGACCACGCCACGGACGCACGUUAUAAAGAACCGUCCUCUGUCGCUCCCAUCCGCCAUUCUCCCCGCCAUUCAUCAUCAUCAAUCGUACCGCUUCAUCUACCGCAGCUACUCCAUACACCGCAUCCGUCACACCAACCCGCCAGCACCACACUCUCAAACAACCACCGCCACCCUCACCACCGCCGCCGUCAUGCCCUCUACCAACGACUUCGCCAAGACGCUCAAGGCCCUGCACAAGCCCGGCCAGCCGCUCAUCGUCCCCAACGUCUGGGACGCGCCCUCCCUCUACGCCCUUUCCUGCCUCAACGCCGACUCCGCCGACGGCCAGAAGCCCGUCGCCGCCAUCGCCACCGCCUCCUGGGCGCUCGCCCAUGCCCGCGGCGCCGCCGAUGAGGACCUGACCGCCGAGCAGAACCUCGCCGCCGUCGCCGAGCUCUCCCCGCUCGCCGCCGCCGCCGGCCUGCCGCUGUCCGCCGACCUGCAGGACGGCUACGGCGCACGCAUCGCCGAGGUCUUCGCCGCCGCCGCCCGCUCCGGCGUCGCCGGCGCCAACCUCGAGGACAGCAUCCCCUCCGCCGGCUUCGGCCGCGGCAUCGCCGGCUCGUUGUACCCCAAGGCCGAGGCCGUGGAGCGCAUCGGCGCGGCGCUCAAGGCCGCGGCGGAGGCCGGCGUGCCGGACUUUGUGAUCAACGCCCGCUGCGACGUGUUCAAGCUGGACGCGGAGACGCCGGGCCUGGACGACGCGACGCGCAUGCGCGAGGCGCUGGACCGCGGCAGGGCGUACCUGGCGGCGGGUGCGACGACCGUCUUCUUCUGGGGCGGCGCGCGCGGGCUCAGCACCGCAGAGGUCAAGACGCUGGUGGCGGAGCUCGACGGGCGCGUAGCCGUUCUGCUGUCGAGGAGGGAGGGCGCGCACUCGACUGCCGAGCUGGCAAAGAUUGGCGUGGCCCGGAUCAGCAUCGGCCCCUCGCUGUACCUGGCUGCCAUGAACGCCGUCAAGACCGGCGCGGCCAAGAUCCUUGCCGGUGGUGGUCUAGCGUGA